AUGGAACUGAUGACUGUCUGGAGUUUAGUUCUCAUGGUGAUGUCCAUACAUAGUAAAUAAAUCAUUACAUGGUGACUGAAGAAUGAAUCAUGGUUAAACCCGAAAUCAAUGUAAAUAUCACAUCUUCAACUGAAUCUUGAAACGUUUUUGUUUCGCAGGUGUUUGUUGAUAUAUCAGGCUGUAUCAGUCUCUUCCUCAAGUGAAAUGACCUGGAGACAAUGUUAAAUUGUCCUGUAAAAUAUCUGGUUUCUCAAUGAGUGGCUACUGGAUACACUGGAUGAGGCAGAAUAUCACAAAGCACUACAUAAUUAAAGAGUCCAGCCUCUAACAAUCAGACGAACUCUUGCCCUGUCUGGUCAAGCUUUCUUGUUAACACUUGAACAAGUAUUUAACAAACUAUUCAGAACAUAUGAAUCUGUUCCCCAUCUCUGAAUUCUCUAUUUAAUCUCUGUGUGAUCUUCCCUGUGAGGAGGAGUUAAUGCAAAACUCUGAGGUCAUCCAUCACUACUUAUCUCUCUGCAGAGUGGAGGGGAGGGACUGAAGCUCUGACUAGACUGAGGAACAGAGACACACCAUAAGUACUAAUAGUUCAUCAUGACAUUUACUAUUGUGGUUCUACUGAUGACAAUAGGCUUGACAGGUGAACACUACUAGACAGUUUUUAUUUGAUACAGACUUAUCACAGAGGUUUUGAUUCAAGGUAUUUCAUUAAAUGUUACUUUGUCUCCACAGGUGUUCAGAGUCAGACAUUGACUGAGUCUGGACCAGUUGUUAAAAAGCCAAGAGAAUCACCCAAACUGACCUGUACAGCCUCUGGGUUCACUUUCAGUAGCUACUGGAUGGCUUGGAUCAGACAGGCUCCUGGGAAAGGACUAGAAUUUAUGGCAGCACAUUAUGACAGUAGCAAUAUUGCCUACUCCCAGUCUGUUCAGGGUCGGUUCACCACCUCCAGAAACAAUAGAAAGCUGCAGGUGUAUCUCCAGAUGAACAGUCUGAAGACUGAAGACUCUGCUGUUUAUUAUUGUGCCAGAGACACAGUGACACCGUGUGCUGCAGCACAAUACAAAAACUGAUCUCACCCAUCGACACACAAUAUCCCAUAAAGACAAAGUGAAAACAUGUUUUUAGACAUUAUUUGAAAUGUAUUGAUAAUGAAAUACAGACAUAUCUCAUUUACAUAAGUAUUCACACCCCUGAGUCAAUACCUUUGGCGGCGAUUACAGCUGUAAGUCUUUUUGGGUAAGUCUCUAAGAGCUUUGCACACCUGGAUUGUACAUUAUUUUCCCAUUAUUCUUAAAAAAAUUAUUCAAGCUCUGUCAAGUUAAUUGUUUAUCAUUGCUUGACAGCCAUUUUCAAGUCUUGCCAUAGAUUUCCAAGCCGAUUAAGUUAAAACUGUAACUAGGCCACUCAGCAACAUUCAAUGUCAUCUUGGAAAACAACUCCAGUGUAUAUUGUACCUUGUGUUUUAGGUUAUUGUCUUGCUGAAAGGUGAAUUUGUCUCCCAGUAUCUGAUGGAAAGCAGACUGAAUCACAUUUUCCUCUAGGAUUUUGCCAGUGCUUACAGCUGUAUUCUGUUUUUUUUUUAUCCCAAAAAACUCCCUAGUCCUUGCCGAUGACAAGCAUACAGUUAACAUGAUGCAUCCACCACCACUCUUGAAAAUAUGAAGAGUGGCACUUAGUGAUGUGUUGUGUUGGAUAUGCCCCAAACAACGCUUUGUACUCAGGACAAAAAGUUAAUUUCUUUACCACAUUUUUUGCAGUGUUAAUUAAGUGCCUUGUUCCCAACAGGAUGCAUGUUUUGGAAUGUUUUUAUUCUGUUCAGGCUUCCUUUUUUUUACACUGUCAUUUAGAUUAGUAUUGUGAAGUAACUACAAUGUUGCUGAUCCAUCCUCAGUUUUCUCAUACUGUAUCACAACCAUUAAACUCUGUAACUGUUUUAAAAUCACCAUUGGCCUCAUGGUGAAAACCCUGAGCAGUUUCCUUCGUCUCCGGCAACUGAGUUAGGAAGGACGCCUGUAUCUUUGUAGUGACUGGGUGUAUUGAUACAUCAUCUAAAACCUAAUUAAUAGCUUCACAUGCUCAAAGGGAUAUUCAGCAUCUGCUUGAUUUUUAUUUAUUUUCACGUUUACCAAUGGGUGCCCUUUUUUGCGAGGCAUUGAAAAACCUCCCUGGUCUUUGUACUUGAAUCUGUGCUUGAAAUUCACUACUCGAUUGAGGGACCUUACAGAUAAUUGAAUGUGUAGGGUACAGAGAUGGGGUAGUUAUUCAGAAAUCAUGUUAACCACUAUUAUUGAACAUGGAAUGAGUGGGUGCAACUUAUUAUGCGAUUUGUUAAGCACAUGUUGACUCCUGAACUUAUUUAGGCUUGCCAUAACAAAGGGAUUGAAUACUUAUUGACUCAUGACAUUUCAGCUUUAAAUUUAGACCAUGUCCCAAGACCAUCUCCCUCAGUCACGACAACCCCUUCUAGUCUCAUCCUUUGAUUCCAGAAUUGUAGAUCUUCCCCACAAUGACAGUUCUAGAAUGUGUGUUCCUUCUGUCUCUCAUCUCAGGUGAGUUAACUGGAUGUAUUUAUGUCUAGUGUAGGAGAGAGGAGAGGAGCUGUGCUACUUGGCUGGAGGGUAACAAUCAUCUAAACUCUGUCUGUUUUUCAGCUGUUCAGGGGCAGUUAAUCACCUCCUCUGAGCCAGUGGUGAACAGACCUGGAGAGUCAGUAACACUGUCCUGUACUGUGUCUGGAUUCUCAAUGGAUAGCUACUGGAUGCACUGGAUCCAUCAGAAACCAUGGAAAGGACUUGAGUGAAAUGGGCCAUUUGAUGCGAGCACUGGCACUAUAUUUGCCCAGUCUCUCCAGGGCCAGUUCAUCAUCACCAAAUACAGCUCCAAAAACCAGCUGUACUUAGAGGCGAAAAGCCUGAAGCACCGUACAAAAACGGAGUAA